CAUGGAAUGCGCUUUGCAGUCAGCGUAGUUAGAUGCAGGGGUGUGUAGGCUAGAUAGGGGGAUAUUUUCACAAGAUUGAAGAGCUAUUUUGGAAAAGUUUUUAUUUAGUAAUUAUAGAAAAACUGCAAAGUGCCAUCAAUAGCGCAAUGGUUGUUUAUCCAAUAAGUUAGUCUAAGAUACUGCUGUAGAUUAAAACUCUUUAACGUUAAGCCUAGUUUGGGAAGACAUAGGACUAAUAAGGCUAUUGUAUUUGAAAUUACUUGAGACACUCCAGCGGGAAAUGACACGGAAUGGAAAGGGUGGCUCUAAUGACAGAACCGGGGGAAACAAGCGUGAUGCCCCUACACCUGUUCGUCGUGUCGCUCGGACUCUUGUCAGCCCCAUAAAGUUUACCAACAAGGACAAGGACAGUCUCCAGAGGUUGGAAAAGAUCAAGAAAAUUCAUGACCAGAUUAGAGAAUCUGAGUCUGAGACCUCUCAUGAUGAAAGUGAUGAUUAUGAUGAGGAAGAAGAUGGAGUUCAGAACAACACACCUGCUCAUUAUCUGGACGGUGCUGGACGGAGGAUGGGAAGUUACCGAGUGGCUGCUGCAGUCCCCAGGAGCAUCAACACCACCAGCAGAAGGAUUGGCAGAAAUCAGCAUAAGCGCCCAGCAGGAAAUGAUUCUUCCUCUUCUGAUGAAGACGACAUGGACAGGUGCCUUCCCUUAAAUUUUAGAAAGGAGGACCUUGCAGGACUCCCUAAAGACAGGAUGAAGCCAGGAGCAAGCCUGGCUGAUGUGGACCCGGUCCAAGUCGACCAAUCAAUUGGCUUUGAUGCUGUUGGAGGUCUGACCAGCCAUAUCGCAGCUCUGAAGGAGAUGGUGGUUUUCCCUCUUCUGUACCCAGAGGUGUUUGAUAAAUUCAAGAUUGAAUCUCCAAAGGGCUGCUUAUUCUAUGGCCCACCUGGGACAGGGAAGACUCUGGUGGCUCGUGCCCUGGCCAAUGAGUGUAGCCAUGGGGACAGACGGGUGGCCUUCUUCAUGCGCAAGGGAGCGGACUGCCUGAGCAAAUGGGUGGGCGAGUCUGAGAGACAUCUGCGGCUUCUUUUUGACCAGGCUUACCAGAUGAGACCAUCGAUCAUAUUUUUUGAUGAGAUUGAUGGACUGGCCCCCGUCCGAUCCAGCCGACAGGACCAGAUACACAGCUCCAUUGUGUCCACUCUACUGGCCUUGAUGGAUGGGUUGGACAGUAGGGGAGAGGUUGUGGUCAUCGGUGCCACCAACAGGCUGGAUGCCAUCGACCCGGCACUGAGGAGACCAGGCCGAUUCGACAGGGAGUUUCUUUUUGGUCUGCCGGACAGAGAGGCUCGCAAGGAUAUCCUGAAGAUUUACACAAAACAGUGGAAACCCACACCGUCUGAUGCGUUCCUUGAGGAGCUCGCUGACAAGUGUGUUGGUUACUGUGGUGCCGACAUCAAGGCCGUGUGUGUCGAGGCUGCCCUAUGUGCCCUGCGCCGCCGCUACCCGCAGAUCUACCACUCCUCAGAGAAGCUUGUGCUCGACAUCUCCUCCAUUACCAUCAGCAGCUGCGACUUCGUGGCAGCCAUGCGCAAGCUGGUGCCUGCGUCGCAGCGCUCCAUGACGUCACCGGGGAAGGCGCUCACCCCCACCGUGCAGCCGCUGUUGGCCUCGGCGCUCAGUGACGUCCUGGAGACGCUGCAGAUGCUGUUCCCCCACACGGAGCAAGGACUCAAGAAGAAGAAGGAUGCAGAUCUCACCACUGCCAUCCUAGAUGAUGAUCUACUGUAUGCGGAUGAUGAGGGAACCUCCAGUGGAGCCAUCUACAGGAAGACCCCAGACAAAGGCAGUUUCCUCCAGACUAUGAGGAGUGCAGCGCUCCACCCCACCUCUCACCGGCCGCGGCUGCUUCUGUCUGGCCGCCCCGGCUCGGGGCAGACCACCCACCUGUCCCCUUCCGUGCUCCACGCCCUGGAGAAGUUCACCGUCUACACGCUGGACAUGGCCUCUCUGUUCGGGGACUGCACCACGUCUGCGGAGCAGGCCUGCUGUCAGAUAUUCUGUGAGGCCAAGAGAACGGUCCCCAGCAUCCUGUACAUGCCCCUGAUCGAGCAGUGCUGGGAUACGGUUAGCUCCGUGUUCAGGACCACCUUCCUCAGCCUCCUGCAGAACAUCCCUCCGUUCUCCCCCAUUCUGCUGCUCGCCACAACCAACCUGCCCCACAACAAACUGGACACACAGAUUCAGAAGCUGUUUAAGGAGGAGCUUGGAGAGGUGUACUGCUUAAGCCCUCCUUCCUCACAGGAGAGGAGGAAGUUCUUCGAGGACCUCAUCCUCUGUCAGGCUGCCAAAGCCCCCGCGGCUAAGAGAGAAGCUCUCCUGCAGGCGAUCGAGGUUCUGCCCAUAGCGCCGCCGCCUCCGCCCCGGCAGAUGUCCGAAAAGGAGCGUCAGCGUCUGGAGCAGCAAGAGGAGGACACUCUCCGAGAGCUCCGCCUCUUUCUGCGCAGCGUCAAUGACCGCCUCAUGCAGGACCGGCGCUUCAAGGCCUUCACCAAACCUGUGGACAAAGAACAGGUGCCAGACUAUCACUCUGUUGUUAAACAGCCCAUGGACCUUUCCACCGCACUCUCCAAGAUCGAUCAGCAGAAGUACACCACCGUCAGAGAAUACCUGCAUGAUAUUGACCUGAUAUGGAAGAACGCCCUUGAAUACAAUCCAGAAGAUGAUCCCUACGAUCGUCAGAUCCGUCACCGGGCCUGUGCCCUGAAGGACACGGUCCACGCCAUCAUCAAAUACGAGCUGGAGAAGGACUUUGAAAGGACCUGUGAGCAAAUCAAAGAAGCACGUGAAAAGAGAGGUCAUGGCAGAGUGCCAAAUAACCAGGAUAACUUUGCAGUGCCCAACAGCCCAAAGGCCAAACAGAAGAGAAAGAUGAAAGGUGAGCUUGAGGAGCCAGAGGUGGGGAAGCGGGGCAGGAUGACGCGCACCACCAAAACCCUGCUGGCGCAGCAACACCAGCUCAUCGACGUGGACAAAGCUCUGGAGUUCCUCGCCAAGAAAACUCCACAGCUGGUGGUGAAUCACGAUGGCCUCAAGGACUUACUAAAAUCUGUCGUUAUGAAGACUGAGGGAUUCGAAGUCUUUCAGCUUGAGAAGGUGUACGCCCUUCUGAGUCAGUGUAUCUACAGGCACCGCAAAGAGUAUAACAAAACUGAACUCAUCAAGGAAAUGAAAAGAGAAAUUGAAAGUCUUUCAUGACAUAUUGUGUUUUCUCAUUUGGCCUAAUAAAAUAUACAGCAUAUGACA